AUGCCUUUAUCGAGCCUGCAUCAGCUUCUUGUUGAAGAAGGCUUUGAACCAGAAAAAUUAUCAAAAAAUUUAAGGCCUAUAAUGAAGCUCAAAGAAAGAGUUGAACCACCUGAUGAUUCCAUCACUCUCCCUAUAUACAUCUGCCGCAACGUCAAGACGUUCGACUUCACGAAGGCGAAGACCGAGAAGUCUAAGUGGUCAUCGAUAGUUUCAUCAGCUGGAAACCAUAACACCAAUAUGAAAAGAUCAGCGGAGGCUGCACCGAUUGAUGAAGUUGCAAUAAGGGCAGUGGUGUCCAUCCUCAGUGGAUUCAUUGGCAGGUAUUUGACGGAUGAAAGUUUCCGAAAAUCGGUUAAAGAGAAGAUCAACAAUGUCUUGGUGAGAAGAAGGAAAGAUUGUGACGAUGGAGGGGUGUUGACAAACAUGGAAAUUGGAAUUGAAAGCAUUGAGAAAUUGGUGGAAGAUGAAGGGGCAACAAAGAAGGAACUUAGAAUGGAACUGGUGAAGAAUUCAAUUCAACUUUUGAGUAUUGUUGCCUCUUUGAACUCAAAAAAUUCUAGACAAAAUUCAACUUGUGGCAUUCCCAAUUCACAUCUCUCAGCAUUUGCUCAACUCUACAUAGCAAUAAUCUACAAGUUGGAGAAGAAUGACAGGAUUUGUGCUAGACAUUUGCUUCAAGUUUUCGUUGAUUCGCCGUUUUUAGUAAGGACUCAUUUGCUUCCUGAUCUUUGGGAGCAUGUUUUCCUGCCUCAUCUUCUUCAUCUCCAGGUUUGGUACAAUAAAGAAUUUGAGUUGAUCUCAAACUUGAAUUGUAGUGAUAAAGAAAAGAGAAUAAAAGGUUUAAGCAAGGUGUAUAAUGAGCAAAUGGACAUGGGGACUACUAAAUUUGCUCUCUACUAUAAACAAUGGCUUAAAGUGGGGGCAAAUGCACCCACUGUCCCUUCUGUGCCUCUGCCUUCAAGGCCUAGCUAUGGAGGAACAUCGUCGAGGAGAAGACGAUCAUCGGAUUCGCUCGCCUCGCAGUCCUCCUCCAUGAGCAAAAAUUUGUAUCAAACUGUGUUUGGCCCCACACCUGAGCAGAUUUCAGUGGAAUUUAAUCAUCAAAGAAGACAUUCAAUCAAUGCAUGGAAUCUCCAGGAAGAAAAUUACAAUAACUUCAAUUAUGUUAAUAACAAAGAAUCAAGACCUAGGCGAAGAUCAUAUCAAUAUGACAGAGUUUCAAGAACAAAUUCAUGGAUUGAUUCAGAAAAAUCAGACUAUUUUCGAGUCCUGACAUGCCGCGGAACGCCAAAAGAGUUCCUAGUGAACUCAACCAGGAAUGAGUCCAAUGUUCAAACUUAUUCAAGUGAACUCAGCAGCGCGAUUACCGCGAUCUGUUCAUCGGAAAAUCUGACUGAAUGUGAAGUUGCAAUUCGGGUAGUCGCCAGGGCUUGGUUGAAUUCACAUGGUGAUCCUGCGGCAGAAGCUGAACUAUUGAAGGCUCCUGUAAUUGAAGCAAUGCUUGAGGUUUUGUUUGCUUCAAGUGAUGAUGAAAUUCUGGAGCUUGCAGUGUCAAUCUUGGCGGAAUUCGUGGCGCGAAACGAAGCGAAUAGGCAGAUAAUAUUGAACUCAGAUCCACAGCUUGUCAUUUUCAUUAGACUUUUGAAAAGUAACAGCCUGUUUCUGAAGGCUGCAGUACUGCUUUACCUGUUGGAACCAAAGGCGAAACAGAUGAUAUCGACCGAGUGGGUGCCAUUAGUCCUUCGAGUGCUGGAGUUCGGAGACCAGUUGCAGACCCUUUUCACAGUGUGCUGCAGAGCUCUAGUGGCUGCAUUUUAUUUUCUGGAUCAGCUACUAAACGGUUUCGAUGAAGAUAAGAAUCUGGAGAAUGUAAGAGAAGUUGUUUCACUUGGGGGAUUAGGCCUAUUAAUGGAGAGAAUUGAGAAAGGAGAAAUUGAUGAGAGGAAAAAGGCUGUCUCCAUUGUGAUUUGUUGCAUAAAAGCUGAUGAAAAUUGCAGAAAUUUCUUAGCUGAAAAUCUGAACAAGGCCUCAAUUCUUGAGCUCAUUGCUGGUGAUCAGAACCUGAAGAAUUCUGAUGGAAGUGCAAUUGCUUUGUUAACUGAGUUACUCUCUUUACAAAGAAGAACCCAGAUGAUGAAAUUCUUAGAUGGAUUAAGUGGAGGAUGGGGUGGCUUCAACACUAUGCACAUUUUGUUAGUUUAUCUGCAAAGAGCUCCACCAGAAGAACGACCACUGGUUGCAGCAAUUUUAUUACAGCUUGAUCUUCUGGUAAUUUCAUUUCUAUUUACUUCAUCAUUCCCAUGA